GUUGAUUUGACAGAGGGGCGAUAUCUGUUAUCCUCUGCUUCGGAUGCAUCAGUUGCUGUUUAUGACGUCCAACGUGCAACUGAUUAUGACGGAAGUGGUCUGAUUGCAAAGCAUAAGCCCAUAGUUGUGGUUGACAAGCAACACGAACAGGGGCACAAGUAUGCCAUUUCCACAGCCAUCUGGUAUCCAAUUGACACUGGGCUUUUCAUCACGGGCUCAUAUGAUCAUUACAUUAAUGUUUGGGAUACUAACACUACUCAGGUGGCAGUUAAUUUCAAAAUGCCUGGAAAAGUGCACAAGACUGCCAUGUCUCCCGUGGCAACCUCACACAUGUUGAUUGCUGCUGGAACUGAAGAUGUUCAAGUUCGUCUCUGUGAUAUUUCUUCGGGUGCAUUUGCUCACACUUUAUCUGGCCAUCGUGAUGGAGUAAUGUCAGUCGAAUGGUCUGCUUCUAGUGAGUGGGUUUUGGUAACAGGGGGAUGCGAUGGUGCCAUUCGCUUUUGGGACAUCAGGCGUGCAGGAUGCUUUCGUGUUUUAGAUCAGUCCCAUUCUCAGCUUGGAAGACGCCCCACUCUACUUACACGUUCUGUUACAAACAAGAGUUCCACGCUAAAAUCAUCUUCAGUAGGCCCAAGUUCAUCUGCAAAAGGCCGGCCAUCUCAUAAGAAAAUGGGGAAUGGUAUGAGUAUCAAACAGUCUGCAAUAGCUAGACAAGUGAGGGGAGCUGGAAAACAGAGACUACAUCCAGGGAUGCUGUCUAGUCAGGAUAGAGCCACUGCUCAUUAUGGUGCUGUCAACGGACUAAAAGUUACCAAUGAUGGAAUGUAUCUUCUUAGUGCAGGUUCUGAUUCUAGGUUAAGGUUAUGGGAUAUCGAAUCUGGUUGCAAUACACUUGUAAACUUUGAAACAUCACGACUACAGGCCACCAAAGCUAUACAAUUAGCCAUCUCUCAUGAUUCAAAACUUGUAUUUGCGCCGUGUAUGUCAACAACUAAGGCAUUUGAUUUGUGGUCGGGCAAGACGAUGAUGGAUUUACGUGGACACUAUGAAAAUGUGAACUGUUGUCUGUACAGUGCACUGGACCAGGAACUAUACACGGGUGGAAAUGAUCGGAAAAUUCUCGUGUGGUCUUCAAGCAAAGUCGCUACUGAAGAAUUGGAGGGCAGGGACGGGCAAGCUUUUGCGAUCGAUCAAGAUAAUUGGAGUGACUGAAUACCUCACAAAAGCUUGGAGGUUCCAUGUCAAGUUUAUAGUUUUCUUCGUUCUUUUAGAACAUUCUCUAUUAACAUCUUCCCGCUGUCCUUUGCUUGAAGAAAGAUGUAAUAAGUCAGAACAUGUGUGUUUCUAGUUGAAUGUAUUAAUCCAAAACAGAACAAACGCUCUGUUUGUCGAAUCAUGCGGAAUGGUUCUCCUAAAAGAUAAGUUUUGCUGUUAUUCAGAAAUUUCGAGAAA